AUGUCGCUAUUCACUGCCUCUCGUACAGCAACCGGGGUCUUCUCCAAGCCUCAAUUCCUGUCAAUUGCACGAUCCUCGGGACCCCACCGCCUCUACUCAACGCGCCCACCAACCCCCAACACCCCUCAAACCAGCCGCUCCAACUUCCCCGUCCUACCUAUCAUCGCAAUCCUCGCUAUCGGCUCUGGCUCCUUCGUCCUCCUCGCGAAGUCACGUACAGGCCAGAAACCCCCUUCCAACUAG